AUGGAGCGUGUUAAAAUAAUUGAAGCACUAAAAGCUACUACUAAUUCUGAGCAUCAAAAAGAGGCUAAUAAAUAUCUUAAUGAAAUUGAAGGAAUGACUGGAUUUGCUCAAGUAAUACUAGAAAUUUUGAUAUCUGAUACAGAAGAACUUGUGACGCGUCAAGCUGCAGCUAUAUUUUUUAAAAAUUUUGUCUAUCGUGCGUGGAAUUCAGAUACUUCAGAAGAGGAAAAUUCUAUCACAAUUCCAGAAACUGAUAAAGAUGUCAUUCGUCAACAUAUCAUUGAUUGUAUUGUUAAAGCACCAACAGCUCUUCAAGUACAAUUAUUGUCUGCUUCUCAGGCAUUAAUUCGUUCGGACUAUCCUGAUAAAUGGCCUCGAUUUUAUCCAUCAAUUGUAGCACUUCUUCAAUCAACUACUGGAGAAAAUUGGAAUGGAGCUCUUAAUCUUCUUUAUAGAAUGGCUAAGGUUUAUGAAUAUAGGAGAGGAAAAGAUAAAGCUCCUAUGAUUGAAGUUAUGUCUAAUGUUUUUCCAUAUUUGUAUGAUAGAGUAUGUUUAUUACUGAAUGAUUUAUCACAAGAAUCAGUUUUCAUACAAAAACUUGUUUUGAAGAUUUUUUACCGAAUUAUUCAAUGUUUUAUUCCAAAAAAUUUUCUUAAACCAGAAUUACUUUUACAAUGGAUUAAAUUGUGUCUUCAAGUUUUAGAAACUGCUACUCCACUUGAGUUAGAAAAUCUUGAUGAUGAUGACAAAGCUAGUUCUAUUUGGUGGAAACAUAAAAAAUGGGCUGCUAAAAUUAUUUCACGUUUUUUUGAAAAGUAUGGUGUUGUAAAUACCGUUGAAACAGAACACGAAGCUAUUGCAUCUGCAUUUAACGAACAUCUUACAAUUCCAUGUAUUGAACAAAUGUUAAAACUUUGUCUUCAUCGUGCUAAUGGUGGAUUUGUUAGUGAUCAAGUUACAUAUUAUGCUCUUAGUCACAUUGCAACAGGAAUUGCUCAUUCUAAAACUUGGAAAGCUGUUAAACCACAUUUAUUUGAAAUAACAGAAAAAUUGAUGUUUCCAUUGUUAAAACAUACCGAAGAAGAUGAAGAACUUUGGGAGGAUGAUCCGGCUGAGUACAUUCAAUUGAAGUAUAAUUAUUUUGACGAAAUUCAUUAUCCUAGUACAGCUUCAGUUUUAGUCAUUCAAGCAGCUGCUAAAAGAAAAGAUAUUCUUCCAUCUUUUCUUACUUUUCUUCUUAAUACUAUCAAUAAUUCACAAAAUCCAACAGAUGUUGAUGGAUCUCUUCAUAUGAUUGGAGAACUUGCUUCAUCUCUUGUUAAAAAUAAGAAAUUUAAAGGAGAAGUUGAAAAACUUAUUGAAACUCAAUUUACUUCACGUCUUAAUAAUGAAAUAAGAUUUUUAAGAGCUCGUGCUUGUUGGUGUAUUAAACAAUAUAGUGAAUGUUCUUUCCGUACACCAAAAUAUUUAAAUAAAGUUUUGGAAGGAUUAUUUAUUAGACUUACUCAAGAUACAGAACUUCCUGUAAAGGUUGAAGCUGCAAUUGCUAUUCAAAGUCUCAUUGAAAAUCAACAAAAUGUUGCUGAACUAUUAAAACCACGUGUUAAGGAUAUUUUAACAGAAGUUUUAAGAUUAGUUGCUGAAACUGAAGUAGAAGAAUUGACACCUGUUAUGGAAGAUUUGAUUGAAACAUUUAUGGAUGAUAUGAUUCCUAUUGCUCAUCAUAUUGUUAAUGAAUUAGCUGCUCUUUUUACUAGAUUAGUUGAAUCUAAUAAUACUGAUCCUGAGAAUGAUCGUACAAUAACAAUAAUGGGUGUACUUUCUACAAUGGUAACAAUUCUUUCACUGGUUGAAGAUCGUCCUGAAGUUAUGACAAUUGUAGAACCAACUGUUCAUGCUACAGCUUCUGCUAUUUUUAAAUCAUAUGCUUCAGAUUUUUAUGAAGAAGCAUUUAGUAUGGUACAAAGUUGUAUUGCUACUAAAGCAUCACCAGCAAUGUGGAGUGUUUUUGAUGAUAUUAUUGAUACUAUGGAGACUGAUGCAUCAACAUUUUAUGAAAUUAUGCCUGUUCUUCAUACAUAUCUUUGUUCGAGUGUCGAAGGAUUUCUUGCUCAACCAAAUAGACUUCAAAAAAUUUUAUCAUUAUGUGAAAAAGUAUUGAAAGAUAUAGAUUAUGGAGAAGAUAAUCAACUUCAUGCUGCAAAAUUUUUGGAAUGUAUUAUUGUUGAAUGUGGAAAUAGUAUAUUAGAAAUCCAUUCAAAUAUAUGUCAAUUAGUACUUGGAAGACUUCAACAAGAAAUUGCUUCUCCUCAUGAAGACUUAAGACCAAGAUGUCUUUUAGUUGUUAUUGCUGCAUUUUAUGUUAAUAGUGAAAGUUUCUUAUCUUAUGUAAAUAAUCUUGAACCACACAAACAAGAUACUUUAGAAUAUAUCUAUUUUGAACUUUUGAAGAGUGUUAAAUGUAUUGAAGGAUAUCAUGAUCGUAAACUCGCUAUUCUUGCGUUACUUAUGGCUCUUCAAUUACCUCAAAAUAUCAGACCUAAAUGUAUUGAAGAAAAUGCUGGACAUAUUACUUCCGUAAUAAUUGAUUUAUUUGAUGGAUAUCAAAAAUGUAUCAAAGGACAAUUUGAUUCUGAAAGCGAUGAUAGUGAUGUUGAACAGUCAGCCGAUGAAUAUGAAUUAGAAGAUGAUGAAGAUGAAGUAGAUGAAUUUACAUUAGAAUUUGAAAGAAGAAAAUCUGUUAGAAAAGCUAAAAUACUUGAAAAUGGCGGUGUUGAUCCGGGAAGUGAUUUUGAUUCUGAUGAAGAUCCUGAAGAAUUUGAUGGAUUUAUAGAAGAGACAGAAGUUGAUGCUUAUAAUAAUAAGCUUGAUGUUGAAGAAAAUUUAAACAUCUAUACUAAAUUUUUAGAUGUUUUUCAAAUACUUCAAACAACGGAUACAGUUUUGUUUCAAAAAAUGACUCAUAUUGAAGCAUCUAAAGCUUCUGAUUUAGAAAAACUUGUAAACUAUUGUCAAUCUGUAAAACUUCAGAUACAAGCAAAAAAUGUUGAAGCCUCUGGAGGUUAUCAUUUUGAUCCAAACACUAAUUUUCAACCAAAUUACAACUUUUCCCAAUGA